CAGGAGCAGGUGUCUGUGAUGUUGACAAGAUGAAAAAUAGUCCACACGGUGCUUAUGCAGUAGAAACGACCGGAGGAUUUUCUAUCAAUAUAACGAAAUUAACAAGUCCAAAAAUUAAAAUUUCUAUCAGCGGACCGAAAAGCAUUAAAGGUCUUUUAAUAUACGUUCAAAAAGAUAAUGGGGAUCAUUUUGGAGGAUUCAAUAAUGAAAAUACUUUAUUAAGUUUUAAGAGUUGCAGCACGGAAGCAAAAAACAGUACUUUGACUCAUAACUCUUCACAAGAAAAACAACUUCCACUUGACUUCGAAUGGUCACCUGAAACUGGUUCUACAAAUGGUACUGCUCGGGCUAUUGUAUUGGUGUCUUUUUCAGAAUGGUAUAAAUUGGAUAAUCUGCCUAUCAACUCCUAG